CCUUGGGCCGGGCCUGGGCGGUGCGGACUAGGCCUCGGGCGGCGGUAGCGGCGCGCGGCAGGAUGACCUGAGGCCACGGACAUGGACUUCUCCCGGCUGCACACGUACGCGCCGCCGCAGUGCGCGCCCGAGAACACUGGCUACACGUACGCACUCAGUUCCAGCUACUCUUCUGAAGCUCUGGACUUCGAGACGGCGCACAGACUGGACCCUGUAUUUGACUCUCCGAGGAUGUCCCGCCGCAGCCUGCGCCUGGCCACCACCACGUAUGGCCCCGGGGGCGGCCCGGCGGGGGGCCCUGGUGCGGCCUCCCUGAGGGACAGAGCAGACAGAACGGCAAAGCAGCGCCGAGGCGCGGGCACGCUGGCCGCCGGUGGGAACCACGCCGCCCGGCAGGUCACCGCUGGCCUGGGCAGCGGGGUGCAGGGCUCGGCCUGUGUGCCGCCGCCUGUGCUGGACGAGUCUCUGAUCCAAGAGCAGACCCAGGUGGACCACUUCUGGGGUCUUGAUGACGAUGGAGACCUUAAAGGUGGCGCGAAGGCUGUCACUCAGGGAAACGGCGACGCAGCCGCAGACGCCGCCCGGAGCAAUGGCUACACGUGCCGGGCCUGCACCCUGCUGUCGGCCGGGAAGACGCCCCCCGCGCACACCACCUCCAGGGUGCACUCCAGAGACCGCACCCAGAGACGCGGCGCGCCCUCCUGCGUGGACAGGACUCUGUGGCUGGCCACUUACACGUCGUCGUCUUUGUCGUCACUCUUAGUCCAGCUCUUUCGAGUGGUUUUAAUGAAGCUCAAUUACGAAUCAGAAAAUUACAAAUUGAAAAGCUAUGAAUCAAAAGAUCGUGAAUCAGAAAGCUAUAAGUCAGAAAGCCAUGAAUCAAAAGCCCGUCCCGAGCGCGGCGGCGGGAUGACGGCGACAGAGCCCCGCGGAGAGGACGGCCGCCUCCGUGUGAACGGGGACUCGCUGUGCAGCGACUGGGAGGGGACGCAGCGCCUGGAGACCCACUCAGCCACCCGCUGGCAGGCUUCGGGGACCGGAGGGGCCGUGGGGACCGAGCGGCCCGGCUUCUCCCGCGCAGGUGUUUCCCGCAUGGCAGCUGCGGAGAGCUGGUGUCCUAGAGCCCCGUGUUCAAGGGGGCCGCCCGCCCGCGCCUCGUCUGUCGCGGGGCGGAUGCUGCGGAGGACCGGAGCUGCAGCGUGGGCCGCGGCGUGGGCCGUGCUCUCAGUCCUGUGGUCAGCUGCGGCGGCCCCAGGGAAGGCGGCCGCUGGGAUCCUCUGGUGGCUGGGGAGCGGGUGGUACCAGCUGGUCACUCUGAUUUCGUGGCUGAACGUGUUUUUUCUCACCAGGUGCCUUCGAAAUGCUUGCAAGUUUUUAAUCUUGCUCAUUCCGCUGUUACUUCUACUAGGUGCGGGCCUUUGUGCGUGGGGCCAGGGUGGCCUCCUCUCCCUCCUGCCCGCCUUCAGCUGGACACACACGCUGAGGACACUGAGGGUCGACGAGCCCCCGGGCGCACUCUCCCCUGGGGCUGCGGCGCCGCCCCAGCCUCCCCAGGGCGCAGCGGAGGCCCCUCCCGGGCACUGGAUGAGAGAGGUGGAAAGGCAGGUGGCCUCUCUGUCUGGACAGUGUCAGAGCCGUGACACGAAGCUGAGAGAACUGACCGCUUCGCUUCAGACACUGCGGGCGCAGGUGGACCAGCUGGACGACGGCGGGGCCGGGGUGGCGUCCCUGGUGAGAAGCGUGGUGGGGCAGCACCUGAAGGACCUCGGCGCCGGCACGCUGCCGGGCGCGCAGGCCGACGCUGCGGCCCGUGGCCACGAGCAGGAGCUGCGCCUCGCGCGCCUGGAGGACGCCCUCGGGAGGCUGGCGGCGGAGUCCGAGGCCAUCCAGAAGGAGCUGGAGCAGACCCGGCUGAGGACAGCGAGCGGGGCCGAGCAGGAGCGGCGCCUGCUGUCCACGGUGUCGCAGCUGGAGCGCGAGCUGGGCCGCCUGCAGGCGGAGCUGGCCGCCUGGCAGCCGCUGAAGGCCCGCUGCGAGGAGGCGCACGCUGUCCGCGAGCACGUCGACGCGCAGGUCAGGGAGACCGUCCGGCUCCUGUUCGCGGACGGGCGGCAGGACGGCUCCCUGGACCAGCUGCUGCAGGGGCUGGCGUCCCGCUUCGUCAGCAAGGACGACCUGCAGGCCCUGCUGCGGGAGCUGGAGCUGCGCGUCCUGCGCAACAUCACGCACCAUGUCUCCGUGACGCGGCAGGCGCCGACCGCCGACGCCGUCCUGUCUGCGGUUCGCGAGCAGGGCGCCGCGGGCAUCACCGAAGCGCAAGCGCACGUCAUCGUGAACAACGCGCUGAAGCUGUACUCCCAGGACAAGACCGGCAUGGUGGACUUCGCCCUGGAGUCCGGCGGUGGCAGCGUCCUGAGCACGCGCUGCUCGGAGACCUACGAGACCAGGACGGCGCUGAUCAGCCUCUUCGGCAUCCCGCUGUGGUACUUCUCGCAGUCGCCCCGCGUCGUCAUCCAGCCUGACAUCUACCCAGGGAACUGCUGGGCGUUCAGGGGCUCCCAGGGCUACCUCGUGGUGCGGCUGUCGAUGGAGGUCCGCCCGACCAGCUUUGCACUGGAGCACAUCCCCAAGACGCUGUCGCCCACGGGCAACAUCACCAGCGCCCCCAGGGACUUCUCCGUCUACGGGCUAGAAAACGAGUAUCAAGAGGAAGGGCAGCUGCUGGGACAGUUUGUGUUCGACCAAGAUGGGGAGUCACUCCAGACGUUCCCGGUCCCGAAGCGACCUGAAAGAGCUUUCCAAAUCGUGGAACUCCGGAUUUCCUCGAACUGGGGCCACCCGGAGUACACGUGUCUCUACCGGUUCCGAGUCCACGGGGAGCCUGCGCAGUAGAGCCGCCGCGCGCCACUGCCACUGUACAUCUUGUAUAUACUGGACAGCCCGAGGCUCAGGCCUCGCGACGCGGGCAUGGGGGGCGACGGGCCGGCCUGGCCCACCGCCGGCGCAGGAGGCCGUGCCGAGGGCUUGGGUACAGAGCUCUGUCAGCAGCAGGUGGUCUCGGACUCUGUUUGAAUGUAUGGUUCACAAAGACACUGGGGGGGGUUUGUUUUUAAACACAAAGCUCUUUAUAUUCGUAUUUUCUUGACAUCAGGAACAAAGCAAGGGAGAUUAAAAGGUUUGACGUGUUCUUGAAGCUUCUACGCUUAGCCGUUCACUGGCCCCUUAAAGGACUUCGGGAGCAUAUAGUUUAGCUUUUCAAUCCAGCACACAUUUUUCAGGGAAAAUGAAUGACAGCAAAUUUCAGUUCUGACCUCUUUCCUUUAAGGUGGGAUCUGUCCCUCCCUCGGCACGGGUAGUACGUCACCAGGUGGGGAAAUGGCAAAAAUGUGUUUUUCUGGUUAGUUUGCUCCACCGAGUCUACUCUGGGAACACCGGGGCACCUCCCUGCGCUAGGACGGGGAGGGGUGGCGGGGCGGCAGGGCGCAGGCCCCUGGGGCC